AUGGCGGCGCAGCCCCCGCUCGGGCCGCGGAAGCGGAGCGGCCAGGCGCUGUGCGGGGCGGGCUGGGCAGGGGCCGCCCCUCCGGCCGCGGCGGGCCGCGGCGGGGCCCUGGAGAACGGCUUCCCGCCCCAGAAGCGCCCCAAGAGCUCGGGGGCGGCUGGGCCCGACGAGGGGCCGGGAGACCCCUUCGGGGACAACGACGACUUCACGGCGGACGACCUGGAGGAGAUCGACAUCCUGGCUUCGCAGGCGCUGUCGCAGGAGGCUGCCGCCGCCGCCGCGCCGCGGGCGGGCCUCCCGAAACACGCGUGGGGCGCCUUCGGACCGAGCAGCGCCGAGCGGCAGGCGACCAGCAGUACAGAAGAUAGUCUGAUGAGAGAUGCAUUCCAGUUUGAAGUUCUGCAAACACAGCAUGAAGAAAUUAAACAGAAGCUGAAAGAAAUGCAGGAUGAAAUUCUUACUAAAAAUGGAGAAAUUAAAAUCUUGCGUGACUCAAUGCAGCAGAUGGAGUAUGCUAUGGAGGAACAGAAAAGAUCAUACAUGCUAUUGGAACAGCAAAAAUCUCAGACCUUAAAUGAAAAAGAAAAGGAGUUCUCCAAAAAGUUACUGUCAUUACAGUCAGAGUUGCAGUUCAAAGAUGCAGAAAUGAAUGAAUUAAGAACGCGACUUCAGAACUGUGAAAGAAAUAAACACGUUACUCAGACGGUUUUAACGCCAAGCCCUAAAAAGAAUUUUGCAAUACAAGUGAAAUCGGAAGGAUGUUCUCCACAGCCUGGAAAAAGAUCUUUUCCUACAAAGGAAUCCUUCAAUGCUGAAAUGUCCACUAGACCAUCGUGUUCUUCAGGAAAUUUGAUUGCCCCAACUACUUUGAUCAAAGAAGACAGUAAGAUAACCCAUCCUGAAGUUUUAUCUGUGAAGCAUGAAGCAAUGGGAAAAAACGGUUCCUACAACUCUGUACCUAAACGAAACGCACAAGGUUCUAUCUUAUUAAAUGCACUGAUGAAGCAGCCCAUUGUCCCUGGGUCAUUACUAGGACUCUGCCAUCUUCUUAGCAGUAACUCUGAGCCUCUACUUGGAGCUGUAUUGCAGCCUAACUAUUUGGACACGAAAUCCACACAACUACCCAGCAGCAGGACAACUCAAGAAGAAAUUGCACCUCUUGUAUCCCUGCGAGAAGCUCAAGAACUUGCAAUAACAGGAUUGAACUUGAUUGCUAUGGACGAAGGAUUACCUGAAGGAAGCCCAACAGAAGGCCGGAGAGAGUUCUUGCACCUCACACGCUGCAAGAUCCGAGGCGCCGUGCAUCUCUUGCCCUUGGUGGAACACCAUAUUGGUGCAUACUGUCAAGCGGUACAAUUGGCGGACAAGUCAGUAAAUGGUUCUUGUGGAAACCAUUCAGCUGUUUCUUCCAGAACCAACACAAGUAUGGUGUCAAGUAAGGAGGACUUCAGGUUGUCUCUGGAAGAAACUACAGUUAUAUCACUGGGUAUUCUUUAUUAUUUGGCGUUUUAUAGCUGGGAUGUUGUCCACACAUUGCUAUCUACUGAAGAGGAAAAAAGUUCUGCUGCUGGAGAUGAACAGGUUUCCAAGAUGGAGAAAAAUGCGCUGUGUGAUAAUCAGUGUGAUAAUAAAGAAGAUACCAGGACACGAGGAGGGCUGCCUGUAGCUCCACAGGAUGCUCCCAGUAACGAUCGAGCUCAACAUUCCUUGUUUAAAAAGCUGCUUCAGGUUUUAGCUUUUUCUGCUGCCAGAGGGUCCCAGACUGAUAGUAUACUGAACCAAAGCCUAAAAGUUUUGGUGAAAUUAGCUGAAAAUUCAACAGUGGACUUGCUAAUAAAUUUUCAGCACUUACUGAGUAGCCAGAUACUGCUCCGUUGUCUGUGUCCAGAGACCCCUUUGCCUGCUGUUCUUUUGACCGUGAGACUCUUGUCUAUUCUUGCUCAACACCACACUUUGGUUGCUCAACUUUGUUCUCAUUCAGACACCUGCCGCCUUCUUGCACUGUACAUGUAUAUUACAUCAAGACCAGAUAAAUCAGCAUCUGAAAUGCUUUGGCUUCAGCUGGAACAAGAGACAGUUAGACUCCUGACAAGGUGUAUGCGGUGUUCUAGUCCAGCGGUUUUACUACCUGGUACAGACUGCCAAUGUAAUCUCGAGGUGGUGAAGGCACUAAUUAUAAUGUUACAUAGACAGUGGAUGAAGAUUAGAAGAUCUGAGAACAGCUUGUGUGUAUAUAAGGAACAAAUUAUUCAGUUUUUACGGGAUGCUGUUUUACUCUUACACAGCCUCUCUCAGAAAGAUAAACUGUUUCAUGAACACUGUUUGGAAGUUCUCCAUCAAUAUGACCAAGCCAUGCCGGGCAUAAGAGCCAUUCUCAAAAAGACUCAAAAAUUGAGUGCCUGUGAAGAGCUGAUUUUGGACGAAUUGUAUCCUCCUGAGCCAGAAGCAGAAGACCAAGGAAUGGACUCCAGCUAGCUAACAUCUAGCAAAGAUCUGUGUCCUUCCCCAUCUAAAUCAUAAUAAUCAUUGCCAGUGUAAAUCUGAAAUUUAAAUCAUCUAUUUUAUUAAGUGAUAAUCUGAAGGUUGCACUCAAAUGCAGCACAACUAAGACACGUUUCUUUGUUGUGAUUAUUCUAUUUAAGUGCCAUCUAAAUGUAGCUGAAAGCAAAGAAAUUUUGAUGUAAGAAUUAAUACUGCAAUGUAGUGUUUUGCUGUGCAAAACCACUCAAUGGCUUAUGACUGGUUCUGUUUAUGAAUUUAAUCCUUUAUGAAAUUGCUGUGAAUGGAAUGGAAAUUUCACUAUGUGUUCUCCAUUUUACUGUGACUACAGCUGAAUUUAUGAUGCUGAAUGUGCUGAGAUGUUUGGGAUCACUGCAUUCACAUGAGUCUUUUGAACACAUUUGUUUCUUUUGCAGCUGUAACACUUUCUUGCUUGACUUCCAAAAUUUUCAUGUUAAUUAGUAAAUAGUUUACUGUGAUUUUAAAAACCUUUCUAGAAAUAACUUAUAGUUGGCAGUUCAGUUCUGAGCAAGAAAUUCAAAGCCCUGUAAUGAUCACCUGAGUUCCCUCAUUUUUCUCAAUUUCAUGAAUCUGCUGAAAGUGCAACUAUUGAGAUGCCAAAACAAAA